CACCGUAGGAAAUGGGCCGUUUAAGAAUCACAGCCAUUUGAGAAGGAUAUUUGGGGACAAAUCAGUUCGAUAAGGGAGGGGAAAAAUCCCGGCGAGAAAUGGACUUUUAGCUUGGGAGUUGCCAAACUGUUUGGGGUGUCACGCCGGCCACCGAGACGCCUGGCAGGGAGGAUGAGCACUUGUGAGUGGUGGAUGCUUGUGGCCAUCUCAGCUGUCACCCUGAUGCUAUACGCUCUCCUCUUGCUGACACUGUACAUCAUGCUCAGCAGGAAAAUAGUUGCAGCCAGCCGUUCCUGGGGGGAGCGGGCCAGUGGUAGCCCCCCGGCACAGCCCCAGCAGCCGUCCACGUCCUCAGCAGGAGGGGAAGGGACCCAGAGAUUGACCUACAAGGGGAGCAGUGACACGUCUUCAGAGACCUCGGAGGACUCGGACAGCAGCCCUUCCAGCCCGCAGGGCCCACGCUCAACAGAAAACCUCAAUUACACAUCCGUGGUCUUCCCGGGGAAAGGCCAUGGUCCAGGCUCCGCCGGGGACUACGAGAACAUGAAGACUGGGGUGGACUACGUCAACGUGGACCCGAAGAAGAGGAAAGUGGAUUUCUGGACCUGCUCCAGCCCCGUGGCAUCCAAGUCCAUCGAGUACACGGAGAUUUAGCCUGUGAUAACAGAGGGAUUAAUGCACCUUACUUGUGGGGAACUCGGUACCUUCGGUGCUCCCUGGGGCACUCCCAGAGCAAAGGGAUGCUCUUGCCUACUUCUCUC